UGAGACAUUUUAGGAGAGCCUUGGAUUAGAAAGAUGCGGAGAGGAAUGAGGGGGCAGGAAUUUGGAAGGCAAGACAAUUCAUAUAAAGGAGGAAGGAGCCUGUCUGAAGAAACCGCAGCAGGGAUUCCAAAAGUAAAUUCAUUUUACAAUAAUGGUGAUGUUAUGGAGAGGCCUGUAUAUUCUACCUCUCCUUUUUGUCUCCGGGAACUGCCAAUUUUUGUUCCCCUUCCUCCAUCAUUUUAAUAAGCCUAUACACAGCAACCACGUUGGUGGCGGCGGCUAUAUUGAACCAAAUGCUGGUGGUUUCUUUCCAGUUGAUGGUGGAUUUGCUGCUAAAGGCGGCGACGAUAAUUUAGAGUCCUUUAAAAUAGAUGACGGCUCUGCUGACCAAAAAAAGAAGAAAGGCAAUGCAAAUGUUAGUGUUGAGACUAAAUACAAGGGCAAGUGGAAGCUGUUUACUCAAAACGCAGGCGUCUCAGCCAUGCACUUGAUCUUACUUCCCAAGAUUGACCAGGCUUUAAUGUUCGACGCCACGGUUUGGAAGCAGUCAAAACUAAAGUUGCCUGGCCCGCCUUGCCGACAGGUCGAGGGAACCAACGAGCAAGACUGCUUUUGCCACUCAGUUCUCUUGGACAUUGAGACUGCAAAGAUUAGGCCACUCAGGUUGAAAUAUGACACUUGGUGUUCAUCUGGUGCCCUUGAUGUAAAUGGACGGUUAAUAAGCACUGGUGGUUAUAAUAACGGAUCAGAUACAGUGAGGAUUCUCGACAUUUGCCCGAACUGUGAUUGGCAAGAAUAUCCUGGUGCACUUGGAAAUGGAAGAUGGUAUGCGACACAGGUAACCUUAGGAGAUGGUAGAUUCAUGGUUUUUGGUGGUCGUAACUUCCCAACAUACGAAUUCGUUCCACCAGAAGGGCAGCGCAAUGCCAAAAACCAAGUCUUCCCUUUCAAAUUCCUGGCAGAGACCCAUGAUGCAGUGGAGAACAAUUUGUACCCUUUUGUCUACCUCUCAACUGACGGAAAUCUCUUCAUCUUUGCCAACAACCGUUCGAUUCUGCUCAAUCCAAAAACGCAGCAAAUCCUCCACGAGUUCCCGGUUCUCCCAGGUGGUGCCCGCAACUAUCCAGCAUCGGGAAGUUCUUGUCUCCUUCCUAUUGCACUUCAACCAUAUGAAACACGUAAACUCAUCCCUGCUGAGGUCUUGAUAUGUGGCGGUACAUCACACGAGGCAUUUGCACAGGCAGAUUUAAAGCGCCCGAAAGUGUUUGUCCCAGCCAACAAAGACUGUGCUCGCAUAGAUAUCACCAAAAGGAAUGGAAAAUGGAAGAUCCAAACUAUGCCAUCCCCUCGUCUCAUGGGAGACGCCGUGGUUCUUCCAACAGGAGAUGUACUUCUUAUCAACGGUGCCCAGAGUGGUUCAGCCGGAUGGGACGAUGCCAGGGACCCAAAUUUCACCCCUGUCUUGUAUCGUGUACGGGGAGGAGCUGGUUCCAAGUUUACCGAGCUUAAACCUUCACAAAUUGCCCGUCUGUACCACUCAUCCUUCGCACUUCUUCCUGAUGGAAAAAUCCUCAUAGCUGGUAGCAAUACAAACCCGGGAUACAUUGACAGUGCCCUCUUUCCCACUGAGGUUCGUGUAGAAAAAUUCUCGCCACACUACUUCGACCCAAACUUGAACAAGUUUAGGCUAGAGAUCGUACUUGACAAGUCCGCCAAUCAGAUAAAAUAUGGAAACAGAUUCACGGUGCAAAUACGUGGAGCUGAUAAGGCCCUGGACGAGCAGAAGCUCCAAGUAAAUAUUUACUAUCCGGCUUUUACAACACAUGGUAUCUCCAUGAAUCAGAGGCUGGUUCAAUUGGGAACUAUUCAAGUGAUCAAAAACGUUGCCCCAGAAACCCAUAACAUUAUUCUUCAAGCUCCCAUACACGGCAACAUCGCUCCUCCUGGUUACUACAUGCUCUUCGUAAAUUAUAAUGGGGUGCCUUGCCGCCGUGCCAUGUGGGUUCAGAUGCUCCCGUAGGCCUCAAUACUUCAAGCUCCAUUUUACAAAAGAUUUCAACAAAAGAAAAAGCUGAAGAAUUCAACGUCUCAACGGCCUAUUUACCUCUCUAAAUUUAUUGGUUUUAUAUAA